UGUUAUUAAGUACUUCAAAUCAGUAAAAUUUUAAAUUAAAUCCAAUCUUAUCUACUAUCGACUGAUAAUCGCCUGCACAGAAUUAUGUAAGGUGAAGCGAUAUAUUACAAAAACUAUUCCGUACGGAAUUAUCAGUAAAUCAAGAUGUUAUUAAAAGUAACAAGUCUUCUAUUGUUAUUGAAUUACUGCAAUGCCGCAAACAUUUUGGGCAUUUUUCAUCAUCCAGGCAAAAGCCAUCACAUGUUAGGUGAAGUGCUAUUAAAAGCCAUGGCUUCCAGAGGACAUAAAGUCACUAUGGUUAGUCCGUUUCCAUUAAAAGAACCAUUCCCAAAUUAUCGCGAUAUAGUAACUCCAGAAACGAUGCAAGAUAUGAACAAUAGGAUCAAAAACGAAUGGUUUCAAAAGUUUUCUCAUAAUUCUGCAUCAAUUGACACCUUUUUUAUGUUAUUGAAUAUGACCGUAACGCAAGCUGAUCUGCUCUUCCAGAAUGCUGAAUUCAAAAAGAUGUGGACAUCAAAUGAAAAGGUCGAUUUGAUUCUAAUCGAUUGGAUGUUUAACGAAUCUCACUUGAUCUUCAGCAAAAUUUUCAAGUGUCCUAUAAUACUGAUGGCCACGGCUGGUACAGCCUUCAAUGUUAACUACAUAGUGGGAAAUACCGCUCCCUAUUCCUACGUGCCUUUCAAGUAUUUCCCAAUUACAGAUAAAAUGAAUUUCUGGGAAAGGACUAUGAAUACUAUAGUACAUGUUAGCGCAGAAGUAGUAUCCUACUAUCAACGGAUUAAACAGCAGAAAAUCUUGCAUAGGUAUAUCCCUGACGCGCCAUCAAUCGACGAGCUCUCAAAAAAUGUAGCUUUAGUCUUAUCCAAUGGCCAUUACAGUUAUGAAACCAGAAGACCUAGUGUACCUAAUUCUAUAGACAUUGGUGGAUUUCACGUUGGCGAGGUUAAACAACUGCCGAAAGAUAUAAAAGCUUAUUUGGAUAGCGCCAAGGACGGUUUUAUAUACUUUAGUUUGGGUUCAAAUAUGAAAAGCAUAUUUUUGGACGAAAAGAAGUUGAACGGAAUUCUGAGCGCUUUCUCUAAAGUUAAUUUAAAGGUUUUGUGGAAAUUGGAAAAGGAUAUUCCAAAUAAACCAAAGAACAUCAAGAUUGCUAAAUGGUUGCCUCAAAACGAUGUUUUGGCUCAUCCUAAUAUCAAACUAUUCAUAACACACGGUGGAUUGCUCAGUACCAUAGAAUCUAUUCAUCAUGGAGUUCCGAUGAUCGGAAUCCCAAUGUUCGGUGACCAAAAUUCAAAUGUUCCCACCGGAGUUGAAGCUGGUUACACUUUAAGAAUUAAACCAGAAGAAAUUUGCGAAGAAGCUUUAUUGGCCAAUAUCCAGGAAAUGCUUCGCAACGAAACGUAUAGCAAGAAAGCUAAACUCCAUUCCGAUUUAUUAAGAAACCAACCAAUCAAACCUCUGGAUAAAGGUGUUUUCUGGAUGGAACACGUUAUUAAGCACAAAGGAGCUAAACAUCUUGCAAACGCUUCAAUGAAUUUACAUUGGUAUCAGAAUCUUCUCAUCGAUGUAUUCAUAUUUUUGUUCGCUAUUUUACUAUCUGUUAUUGGUUUAUGUUACUUGAUGAUUCGUUUAGUACUGAAAAUGUUUAUUAAAAAUAAGAGAAUCUCUCAAUUGAAAAAGAAGAAAAACAAUUAAAGAUUUUAAAA